GCGUUCGAGCCGCACAUCGUGCCCAGCACCAAGAACCCGCGCCAGCUCUUCUGCAAACUCACCCUGAGGCACAUCAACAAAGCCCCGGAGCACGUGCUGCGGCACACGCAGGGCCGGCGGUACCAGAAAGCGCUGCGUAAAUACGAGGAGUGUCAGAAGCAGGGUGUGGAGUUCGUGCCCACCUGCCUCCUGCACAAGCAGAGGAGGGCAGACCAGGUGGAUGGUGACGGGCCACCUCACCCGAGGGCAGCCUUCUGGGAACCCGAGUCCAGCGAUGGUGACGCCGCAGUCCUGAGCGACAGUGACAGCAUGACAGACCUGUACCCAGCUGAGCUGACCGCCAGAACGGACCUGGGAGGGGCUGAGCACAGGGACAGCACCAACGACCCGCUGACAGAGGAGGACGGGAAACCAAGGCGUGACCGAGAACAGGGCUCUGGGGACAAGGAGAGCGAAGGGGAGCGGGAGCCGGCCCUCAAGCGCGGCAAGGUGAGCGGGGCCGCCGAGGCCGCUUGCCUGGAAGCGGCUUCUUUCGUUUCGGUUUUCAGGCGUCAGAAGGAGCUCUUUCCGCAGAUAGGCCCGGGGCCGGGGCUACUCCGUGGGGGUGGGGGCUGCUUCCCCGUCCGCAGGGAACUGGGCCCCACGGACCAGGUUCAAGACCCCCGGCCUCGGGGAUGACAGCCAGGCAGAGGC